AUGGCCUCUCCAACGUCCCCUACCCUCCCGACUCGUACGACUACUCUAGACGAAGAUGCAAUUCCUGGAGAGGAUACCAGCGAGGUCACAAAGCUUUUCCAUGAGCGCCUGCAAGCUUGGAAACACGCUGUUGGCUAUCUCGAGGACUACCUCACCGUGACCGAGAAGACCCACAACGCCCACGGAAAGGAAUAUGAGAGAGUCCUGAAAACGGUGAAGGAUCCCCUUAAGGAGGGGCAUCACUUCGACCAGUCGCUUGGCGGUAUCGCAGGCAUGUUCGAGAACAUCAGGUCGAACACGCAGGGAAUCUCAAACUCGCAUUACGAUACCGCGAAGCAACUCAAGACGGCUAUCCUCCCAAUCUUCGAGCGCCUCCACACCGAAAUUAAGAAUAAGACCAAGGAGCUUACAAAGGGUGCGGGCAAAGGCAGCAAAGCCGUGGACAAGGCACGAGCCACGACACAGCGACAUAUUGAACUUCUUGGUCAGCGUGCCGCCACAUUCGAUUCUACGGGAGGCAAAAUGGUUGCGAACGACGAUCCCUACGUUCUCCAGCGUGGAGUUAUUCACCGCUUGCACAAGCAGAUCCAGGAAGAGAACAACAACAGGCAGGAUCUAAUCAGCGUGCAAAACAGCUUCGCGCAGUUCGAGGCGCACAUUAUUCAGACAAUCCAGCAUGGGAUGGGCCAGUUCAUGCAAGUCGUCAGCACGCAGGCUGAACAUACGAAGAACAUGUACGGUGACAUGGUCGGUACCGCCCAAUGCAUCCCUCUCGACUUCGAGUGGACAGGAUUCGUUCAGCGCAACAACACGGUUCUCAUUGACCCCAAUGCCCCCGCCCGCACAGUCGCCAAUGUUCGCUUCCCCAACCAGGACCACCGGUCUACGCAGCCAAUGAUCGCUGGAUCUCUCGAGCGCAAAGGAAAGAUCAUGCGCAGCUACGAUACCAAUUAUUACGUUGUGACCCCUGCCAAGUUCCUGCACGAAUACAAGAGCGACGACAACUUUGCUAAGGAUCCUGUGCCCGAGCUGUCUCUCUAUCUACCAGAUUGCGUUAUUGGUGCCGUCUCCGGUCAGAAGUUCAACGUGAAGGGCAAGGAUGUCAGCAAGGGCAAGGCAUUGAACACCUUCAGCAUGUCCCAUGAACUCCAAUUCAAAGCCCACACAGCACAAGCUGCAAUUCAAUGGCACGACAUCAUUGGCCAGGCUGCCGGCGGGUCCUCGAGCUCUAUUCCUGCCAGCCCUGCCACAGACAAGGGCAGCACGCCUGUGAGCCCAGUAGCAACGAACGAGAAGCAGCCCGCACCAAUACAGACGCAGGGUCUCGAGGGCCAGAAGGAUGUGAAGAGUCCUGGCGGACCCGCAAGCGCGGGUGGCAAUGCCGACCCUACGCCCAUUAGUGCUGCCCCGGCCUCCAGUGUGCCUGGUGAGCCCGGAAAGUACUAG